AACUAGCAAAGAUGACUGCUUUCAAAACUCGAUAUUAAAUCAUGGCUUGCGAUUGAGUGGGGAACGACCUUAUUUUAACUAUAAGACAUGGACGUGAGCAGACAUUGAAAUCAAUUGCGUGUACUAGAAGAUGGAUAUAUUUUUAUCAGUAAUGCUUUACAUAUUUAUACAUAUAUAUAUAUACAUAUAUACAUAUAUGCACAUGUAUACAUGUAUGUGCAUAUAUGCAUAAAUAUGUAAAGCAACGCAGGGUGAAGAGAACUGCUGAACUUCUUCCUCCAGAAGAAGACCAGGGAUGGGGCUUCUGCGGACACAUCCUUCCCAAUCCUCCAUGACGACCUCGUCGGAGCGAUGUCUCCUGAGUUACGAGAAUCUCAGCCUCCCUUCGUUGCAGGUGAUAGUGAUGACUGCAGAUAUGGGAUGCAAUAGUUGCAGGAAGCGGGCCUCAUACAUAAUUUCGAAGAUGACCGGCGUGCGCGAUAUCACGGUCGAUGUAGUAAAAAACCAAGUGACUGUCACGGCAGAUUUCAGGUCCACUUCAAGGCAAGGUGAGGUGAGUGCUUCCAAGCCGAAGCAGAGAGACGAUCCCAUCCACUCGCAGCAAUCGUCAAAGCCGUCACAGCGGCUUGUUUCAACAGAGAUUUCACCGAUUAAGGAUGGAAGCUUUGACGAUUAUCGAUCGACAUUUGGUCCGAUGAAUUCAUGUACUGGUUGAAUUACCAUCUCUUUGUCAAUUCUUUUUUAUUUUAAUCCGGACCAUACUGUUCUUCCAUAACACACAAGUUCCGACCGCGGAAAAAUAUGUACUCGGAAAAAGCUUAUGAAGCAUUCAUAUCACCAAGAAGAUAUGGAUCACAACUCCCUACAA